CAUUUUGUAAACAAAAUCAGAAUACAUGGAAUUUGAUGAAAAAGUCUUAUCAGAUGUUCAUGUAACGAGCGAGAACGAAUCUGUUGAGGGUAAUGAUUACACAGUGAGCAGGUUUUGGUUCAGGGUGUUACCAUGUGGAUCUUGUGUAAGUACAUGUAGAGGUAGUGAGGAGAGAGAUGGUGUGACAGACUCUGAUGGUGAUAUGGUGCUGAGUAGAAGAAAAAACAGGGAAGACGGUGAAGAGCUGAAUGUUCUAACCAUAGCCCACUCCUUGUCAACUGGACUUAAAGAUGUUGGAAAACAGCUGUGGCAUGGAUCCCUCAUUUUAGCUGACUAUCUGAUACACCUCCAAGACAAACUACAGGAUAAAACUGUGGUAGAGCUGGGAGCAGGGACUGGAUUAGCUGGCAUUACUGCUUCAUUUUUUGCCAAAAAUGUUCUUUGUACAGAUGUAGGAGGAGAUGUGUUAAGGUUAACAGAACAUAACUUGGACCAGAACUGGAACUGUUUGAAUCUUAUGAAGAAGAAAAAUUACAGAGUCUGUCAGCUAGACUGGAUGUCUGAAAAUCUUGUUACAGACUGUGGAAAAUAUACCAUAACAGAGGAAGACGUCAGUUUAUUAAACACAGCCCAGAUCUUCAUAGCAGGUGAUGUUGUGUAUGACAAUGAACUGACAUUGGCUUUCUUGAACACAGUGUACAGACUUCUGUCAAACCCACCAUCAAAGUCACUGUACAUUAGCAUGGAGAAAAGGCUCAUUUUUACUUUAGAAGACAAAGAUGUGGUGGCCCCAGCCUAUGACUAUUUCUGUGAGUGUCUGGAGGCCCUGAUAGAGACUACUAGUGAAACAGGAGCUCAGUUUCACCAUCAGGAAAUACCAGUCACAUUCCCACAAUGCUUCACUUACAACAGAACUAAGGAACUGAUUAUGUGCAAAAUUUACACCACAUUUCCUGACAGCUGACCACAACAGAAACAAGGUGAUAUACAGCCUUGUUUGGAUUGGUGAUAAAAUUCUUCAACUGUGCAAAGUUUUUUCUGCAUUGAGAAUGGUGAACAUACAGUACAAAGGACAAAGCUUAAUGUUACAUCUUUUCUGACCAAGGGUUAUAUGAUGUGGCAUCUUCUAGAGUAAUGACCUUAUGCACACUCCUUUUCCUGAGAGCGGGUUUCCAGCAAUGAUGAAAAUAUAAAGUUUGUGGAGAAAUUGAUUGAUUAUUGCUUAAUGCCAAGUCAGCAAUAUUUCAGCCAUAUAUAUUUCAGCAGCAGUGGAGAAAUUAAAGGGGAGAUUCUCAGGAUUUUACCUGUUGAAGUCAGCAGAGUAUUUGAAGUUCAUGGACAAGAUUUUUGUUUAGAUUUGUUGUAGGGGUGGCAAUCGAAUGCAAAAUUGCCAGUCGGUUAACCGCAAGACAUUCCGACCGAUUAAUCAGUUAAUCGUAUCAAAAAUUCUCGACGUAUUUCCUAAUUGUAUAAGUUCUACUCAAAUAGACAGACUACAAAGAUGUUACAUGUAGUAAUAUUACGUUUUUCAGAACAAUAUAUAUAUUUCAUUUCAAAUUUAAAGCAAAAGAAAAGAAAAAAAUAAGAAACCCAUGAAACAUGCCUUAAGAAUCAGAUACAUUAAAACAAAUUUCAGAAGAGAUGUCCUAGAAGUUCAAUCUGCAUUUUUACAUAAUCAAAACUAAGUCUGAACCAUCGCUUAAUUUACAAUGUUUGUUUAACAAUAUAAUUUGAUAGUAACUGCAAAAGAUAGAGGGGUAUGGUACAUUUUGAUUAUAAUCAC